GCAAACGGGACAGUUUAUCUCUGUUCCUCGUCCAGCUUCCGCAUUGCAUCCCGCUCCGAGAUCUAGCCUUCUCCAGGACCGCAAAUGUUGCUACUCAGCUGUUGUCAACGUUCUGCUAAUCCAAAAUAUUCAAAAGGAGGGUUAACUUGGCUAAGAUAUACGAUUGUGCAGUCAUAGAAGACUUGAGCAUCGCUACUACGACAUCGUAGACGAUCUGGUCAAGUACCUCGCUCGGCUUCACUACUUUAUACUUUGCUGUGCGUUCCAGUUCAACAUGGGGUCUGUGACAUUGAUACCCGGUGUCAGAGAUGCAGACUCACUGCGAACGAUGUUUUCGACGGCGCUGUCAGAGAUGUACAAGAAAGAAGUGCCACUCUACGACGAGCUGCUUUCAAUCGUAGCCAAAGUCGAUGAUCAAAUAGCUAGCGGUCCCCUACCCGCGCGCCACCGGAUCGAAAGGCAUGGUGCGAUACGCCUCGGAACAGCCCAGGAGAUGCAGACCAUAGCCAGAUUAUUUGCACUCCUCAAUAUGCACGCAGUCGACUACUACGACCUCAGUCUUGUUGGCUUCCCACUACACGCCACCGCCUUUCGACCCCUGACUGGCGAAGCCUUGUCUCGAAAUCCUUUCCGUGUCUUCACCAGCCUUCUCAGGUUAGACCUCCUUCCAGCUGAGACAAGCAGCCUAGCUCAACAGGUCCUUGGCAAGCGCAAAAUAUUCUCUGAUCGUCUGCUGGAGCUGCUUGAUCAGGCUGAAACCACUGGCCUCACCAACUCAGAGCAAGAAGCAGAACUGCUGGAGGAAGCGCUCAAAAUAUUCAAGUGGCACGCGACGGCUCAGACUUCCUACGACUUCUAUAAGCAAUUGAACUCGGUGCAUCCCAUGGUUGCCGACAUUGCAUGUUUCCCCAGUGCUCACAUCAACCAUCUGACCCCGCGGACCCUGGACAUCGACCAGGUUCAGGAAGCCAUGCAAAUACACGGAGUGCCGGCUAAGGACAGAAUUGAAGGCCCACCACGAAGGAGAUGCGACAUCCUCCUGAGGCAAACCAGCUUCCAAGCCCUUGAAGAGCGGGUCCACUUUGUCGACGAGGAUGGCAACGUGACGGUCAGCCAUCAUACGGCGCGCUUCGGUGAAGUAGAGCAGCGUGGAGCGGCGGUGACACGGAAAGGAAGAGACCUCUACGACACGUUGCUCGAAAAAGCCGACAGCAUCAUCGAAUCUAAGGGGACCGCUGGCCAUGGCAUCAAUGACGACUGGCAGAGGGCUCUACAGGAGGCGUUUUCAGAAUUUCCAGACACAUGGGCUGAACUACGAGACCAACGCCUGGUCUACUUCAGAUACAUUCCCGUGACGGCGCCAAAUGCCCCGCUGUUGGAGGCGGAAGGUCAAGCGCUUAAGCUCUCUGAACUUCUGGAUUGUGGCCUCAUCAAAUAUGAGGCGAUCACAUACGAAGACUUUUUACCGAUUUCAGCAGCCGGCAUCUUCACGUCCAAUCUCAAGGGGUUCUCCAACACGAAGAGGAAGGAGAGCAAAGGAAACAGGAGUCUUCUUGAGCAAGCUCUCCCCACCAAGAUUCUUGACUCGACUGCAUUGUACGAGCAGCUGGAAGCAGAAAGUAUAGAGACUUGCCGGAAAGCGUUGGGUUUGCUCGCGAUCCAAUCAGACUGAGUAUGCAGCGUGCACUUAAGAGAACGGAUAUAUACCACACCCUUGUGGAGAAGAGAAGGUUGCUUCCAAGGCUAAACGCAAUCCAUCUCAGAAUUUGGAUCCUGAUUGGAGAACUUGCGUGAAAUUGUUAUCAUGGAAUAGAGUCUUCCAACUCAGUAAAUCUCGUCUGGUAACACAAUGCAAUUAGGGCUCCUGUGACCAAGGAAAAUAGAUCGCCACACAGUGGAUCCCUGCU